AUGUCAUCCCAGAACCAGCCAGGAGUUCUUCAUAAAUUCAAGGGGACCCUCUUUUCUACUUUGUCUUCAGAAGAGCUUCUGAAUUCCCUGGAUUCUUUCCACGCAAGAGAAGAUGAUGUCUUUCUGGUGUCCUAUCCAAAAUCUGGCACUCACUGGAUUGCAAAAGUCAUUGAGAAUAUUCCCAAUGCUGAAAUUACUCUAACAUCUCCAAUUGAAUUGGGAGACGUUUCUAAAUUUGAAGAGCUAAAAAUGUGUUGUAAGAGAAGAGUCAUUCCAACACAUUUGAGCUAUAACAUGCUACCAGUGGAUAUUAAACAAAAGCAAUGCAAGAUUAUCUACAUCGUUAGGAAUCCAAAAGACACAGCUGUUUCUCUAUUCCAUUACUACAGAGAUAACCCUAAUCUCCCUGGCGUGGAAACCUGGGCUGCGUUUUUAGAGUUGUUCCAGGAAGGAAAUGUUGUGUAUGGAUCCUGGUUUGAUCACAUUUUAAGCUGGGAAGACCACAAAAAUGAUAAAAACAUUCUAUUUAUAUUCUAUGAAGAAAUGAAGAAAGAUCUUUCUAAAAGCAUAAAGAAAAUAACCACUUUCCUCGGUAUAAAUGUGAGUGAAAGCGACAUCAAUCACAUUGCUUGGAAAUCAUCGUUCAAGGAAAUGAAAAAUAAUGCAGCCAAAGAAAACUGUGAUCCAAACAAGACCAUCUGUGCCCUCACAUCGAAUAAGAACCUGGUAUUUAGGAAAGGAGCUGUGGGUGAUUGGAUAAACUACUUUACUUCAAAGCAGAAGAGAGUAUUUGAUGAACUAUUCACAGAGAAAAUGAAACACAGCGAACUAGCAAGUCACUUUGAAGAUUACUCUUAAUAUAAAUGGAAAAUGAAACCAAUUUCCAUUUUACGCGAUACAGUGCUUGUGGAAUACAUAAAUAUGUUUUACCAAUGUGGAAAGCAGAUAUUUCCUUCAAUGAGAAACAAACACUUUAUGAAUGUGUCAAAAGUGCCAUGUGUGAGAGACUAUUAUUAUAUUUUAUAGUAGCAGAGAAUUAUUAAUAAAAGAAAGUAUAUACUUUUUGAAUAGCUAAAUUAUAUGUCUGCUUUCAGUAUAUUUAUAUGGCAAGGAGAUUACUGUUAUUCAGAGAGCAUAUUACUGUGGGUGUCCUAUAAACUGCAUUAAUGUACAACAAAAGAGGUGAGGGAUUAUCUAAAAUAACCAGUGUCUGAAAAGAAUCUAUUUCUUGGCUGUUUGGACCAUCAUGACCUCUAGACACACAUUUUUAUUUCAACACUCCCUGGUGCCCAUGUGGAAAUAUUCUCUAGUGUCAGAGCAAUGACAAACACCAUCUACUAAAGUGAAAACACCUAAUAGGUCAAUUAUAUCAGAUGAUCACAAUCUGGUAUUUUGGUGAAAUGAAGAAUGAAAAGAUACGCCUUUUGCAUUAAAUUAACACUGGUGUGGCUUUCCAGUAUGUCCCUUAUCUUAAAUAAAGUCAUUCAAAUUACAAAAUCUCUUAUUUUCCAGUUUUGAAAAGUAUAAUUUUCUUGUAGCUUUAGCCUAGAGGACAUUGUAAUGGUAUUUCAGUGAACUUAUUUUAGGAUUAUUGCCUUAAUUCUAAUACAUUGGUUAUGAACCAAUGUAUGGUUCAUAUUGUUUACAUUUGUGCCAUAGUAUCUAACUCAAGGCUAAUGGAAAUCAAAAUGUAUAUUGUAUAUGACUCUGAGCUAUGAAACCAAAACAAUGGGUUGAGUGAGUUAAUUCAGCCAAACACCAAUGUACUGUGAAUCUUAUUUUUAGUAACACAUCUGUUGGAGGUUUUUGUACCAAGUUUAAUCACAAUUCAGCCAAUAUUAGAUCUUCACGAAUCUUCUAUAUAUACAUAUUUGCUACA